CUCACCGUUAUGUUCGUCUCGUUCAUCUCUCCAAGGUGUUCAACUUCUUCCUAACGCAGCUCGGGUCGUCACUAUGGAGACAGGUGGCAGAUAUGUGUUCAUCCACGGGAAGAACAUCUCUCACGGCUCCCUGACGAUCCCUGGUGGUGGUGCUGGUGCUGGUGCCGGGCCUCAUAUGUCCAUCGAUAAGCUGUUCCCUGCCCUGCUCGAGUGCUUUGGUAUUAUCCUGUGUGGAUACAUAGCUGGCAGGGGUGAUGUGAUCACCGAAAACCAAGCAAAGGGUCUGGGCAACUUUGUGUCGAAAUUUGCCCUCCCGGCUCUGCUGUUCAAAAAUAUGGUGCUGUUGGAGUUUGGCGACGUCAUCUGGUCCUUCCUGUGGAGCAUCUUGGUUGCCAAGGUGGCUGUGUUCACCCUGGUGUGUGUUCUCACGCUGAUGGUUGCCAGUCCGGAAAACAGGUACGGCAAAGCCGGACUGUACGCCAUCUUUGCCACACAAAGCAACGACUUUGCCUUGGGCUAUCCCAUAGUGGAUGCUUUGUAUCGGAGCACAUACCCGGAGUACCUGCAGUACAUCUACUUGGUGGCCCCCGUGUCGCUCAUGCUGCUCAAUCCCAUCGGCUUUGCCCUAUGCGAGGUGCAGAGAUGGAGGAGGAGAACCGACCCCCAUGUGGAGCGAAGCACGGCCAGAGUGCUGGGUGUUGUCACUCUCCAGGUGUUAAAGAACCCAAUCGUGUUCAUGGUGGUCAUGGGCAUCGUCUCGCAUUUUGCUCUGGGCCAGAGGAUCCCCGACGUGCUGUCCCAGUUCAUCGAUGGCCUAGCCAACUCUUUCGGAGGGGCCGCUUUGUUCUACCUGGGCCUCACCAUGGUUGGACAACUGAGGAAAUUGACACGAGACGCCGGCGUCGCGUUGAUUCUCCUUAUCACUGCAAAACUUCUGUUGAUGCCGCUGUUCUGCAAAGACAUGAUGGACAUUCUGGACGUGGGCGUCAACAGCACCAGCGCCAACCACACAAGCCUGUCAAACUUUGCCUUCCUCUACGGUGUCUUCCCGACUGCGCCAAGUGUGGCCAUCUACGCUGGACACUACGGGAUGGAGCUGGAGGUGGUGACGUCCGGCAUGGUCAUCAGCACAUUCCUCUCGGCGCCCAUCAUGUACGUCUCAGCCUGGCUGCUGACCAUCCCGCUGAUGGACCCCGCGCCUCUGGUGGCCGAGCUUCAGAACGUCAGCUUCAACAUCAGCAUCAUCUGCCUGCUGGCGCUGGUUUGGACCAUAGCUGUGAUGCUGCUCAGUGGGAAAUUCAAACGUCUUCCUCACCUCUUUGCCUUAAAUCUCUUCUUGGCUCAGUUCCUGGUGUGUGUGAGCAUGAUCCUGUGGAACUUCCUAGCCAAGCAACAGGAUAAUCUGGCGGGCAAAAUGCUGGUCUUUGCACUACUCUACGGCUCUCUGUACAGCACGUACAUUUGGACGGGCGAGUGUGCACGUCUGCACUUUGAUGCGCUGUGUCCUAAUCUGCAUAUUAACCGCGAACCACAUCUCUCCUCUACUCGAUUUUUAGGUUUAAUCCCUCUGUGCUUGGCUCUGACCAGCAGAGAUGAUCUGCUCAGACUCCGGCCAGCCAUUUUCAUGAUUCUGGGUUGGGGGGUUCCUUUCUUCAUGGUGGGAGGUCUUUUGAUAGUGGGCCAAAGGACCGACUCCAUCGACUCUGCCUUCUUCUAUGGAAAGGCUCAGAUUUUCAGCACAGCGGCACUACUGUCAGUCAGCCUGGCACUGGCCGCCGUUUCUCUGAUGGGCCUCAGCCAAGGCGACCGCCAGCUGAGAGGCUACCACGUCCUGAGCCGGGCGGCAUUACCUGCCUCCAGUGAGGAGCAGUUGAGGGCCCCUGCUGAUUUGGAAGACCCGCUACAACAACAACAGCAGCAACAAGAGCAGUCAGCGGAACUGUCACCUUCAGUCUGCAGUAUUAAUUCUGGCCACAUGGGGACGCUGUGUGAUGGGCAGCAGCAGAGUACGUCGUCUACGGAACAUCUGUUGAAUUUAACGGCACCUGAGCAUCAUCAGCAAGCCGCGGAUGACAAACAGACAGCCAGACAUGUACUGCUCUGUCUCUUGCUUAUUGUCAGCCUGCUUGCGAACCUGUCGAGCUGCCUGUGGUGGUUGCUGAACAAAGACCCCGGCCGCCUGUACUUGGAGCUUCAGUUCUUCUGCGCCGUGACCAACUACGGCCAAGGCUUUUUGUCCUUCGGGAUCUUCGGCCUGGACCGUCACCUCAUCCUCCUGCCCUUCAAGAAGAGAUUGUCGGCGUGGUGGGGACGAGACACUGAACGGGGCGGUUCGGCGGCAGGACCUCGCGAGGAGGUCCGGCUCACGUGCACACAGUUUGUGCGCUACCACAAAGAGCACUGCGUGCCAGGGCUGCUACACGUGCGCAGUUUUAGGCCUCUCUCCUUCUCACCCUUUAGCGCCGCAGGAGAGAGUGCAUGUACCUCAACUGGUGAAUCCUUGCUCUGAUAUCGACUGGCUUACCAGGCAGAACCAGCACUGAGACCAGCAUGACCUCUACCAGACAGGAGAAGGCAGCAACCACCAUGAUAUCCUUUCCCCACUCAAAAGUGCCUUACGGUGCAGUUCUUCCAUCCCUUGUGAUGGUCGCUGACUUUACUUCUACCCCAUCGCACUUGUCCAUCAACUUCAAACCAAAUGACACACUGUUUUUAUUCAUGAGGAAUGUACUGGACUGGCACAAAAUUAGGUACACGUUAAGUGGAUCUAAAAAAAUCAACACACACGUAUUCAAAUAACAGGGUUUUUUUUAAUUAAAAUAAAUUACACCAAGAUCAUUUCAAAACGUUUUCCACUGUUACUGUGGCCUGUAAUUGACAGCUUUCUUAAAAAUAUACUGUAUAUUUUCAAGAUGUGGUAUGUGGUUGCACCCUCAUAACUUGGCAUGUGGCGUGUUCAGAAUCAUCACAUCACGUUUAAAAUUGCAGUAUUUUAAAAUCGGAGUCGGCACACAACUGCCACCAUUAAAAAUGCCUCGAAUUAAGUCCAAAAGACAUUUGGCUGUUCUAGUCUACUUUUACUGUCAUUUUUAAUAUCCGUUGCAGCUUCAAUAAGCUGCUGGUAAUAAUAAUAAUAAUAAUUCGUGUAACAAUGUUGAUUCUGAUUUGUUUGCAAGUACAGUAUGUUUCUGAUGAUAUACACUUGUAUGUUAUGAUGAAAGAAGCCACUAGAUGUCACUGUUUGUCGUUGAAGGGACGCGCUCAAUGUUUAAUUUAUCAAUAAAAAUCAAUCAAUUCCUUUCAGAUGUCAUACACAAAGCAUCAAUCCAAUGAAAUCAAGUUUUUAAAAAGUCAAUAAGCAGAUUGUCGUUUCUAGCCAGCGAAGAGUAAAAAAAGUCAUGUAAAUAUGAGUGGAAAAUUAAACAUAACAGUUACGUCACACCAAUUAAAUCAAAUACAGCAAUAUAAUUAAUAAAGUCAAUAAAAUGAUUACAUUGAGAAAGAAUUGCAUUGAAAAUUUUGCCAAAAAAACAAUGAUCCUGGUGGCAAAUUAAUAAAAUAAUGGGAACGAAGCAUCAGUGACUGACCUCUCAUGUGAACUUUGGACUCAAGUUUAACUUUCAAGGCUGCCUUUGUAGUUUCAGUUCUAUUUAGAAAAGUUUUCAUUUUUUGAACUGCUGUACUGUUUAAGUUGCUGCUGACUUGUUUUUGUCUUCUACUGUGAAGUUAACGAGACAAUUUUUUUGCAAGGUGACUUGAGUCCCAUUCAAAUGUGUUUACACUAAUUAACUUUUAAUCCAAAUCUGUGUUUGAAAAAAAAAAAGGCACAUUUCCUGCUUAUGGAUCGCCACCAAUAUUUAUCAGUCUAAAAAUAUGAAUAGCAUCAUAUGUCUUCACAUAAUGUUUACUAAAAGCACAUGUGAUCUGAUCUCGGCCAGUGUGAAACGUGUGCGUGUGCAUGACUUAACGUACAAAGUGUACAAGAGAAUAAAGAGAUUUUAAGAA